AUGGACUACAUUUAUGGAAAGUGGUCAGUUUUACGGAUAGUGCAGGCUGGCCCACCCACUCUCCUACACAAUGUCAUUGAUCCACCUACCCUCCCACUAGCUGGCCCACCCACUCCCCUACACAAUGUCAUUGAUCCACCUACCCUCCCACCAGCUGACCCACCCACUCUCCUACACAAUGUCAUUGAUCCACCUACCCUCCCACCAGCUGACCCACCCACUCUCCUACACAAUGUCAUUGAUCCACCUACCCUCCCACUAGCUGGCCCACCCACUCUCCUACACAAUGUCAUUGAUCCACCUACCCUCCCACUAGCUGGCCCACCCAUUCUCCUACACAAUGUCAUUGAUCCACCUACCCUCCCACUAGCUGAUCCACCCAUUCUCCUACACAAUGUCAUUGAUCCACCUACCCUCCCACUAGCUGGCCCACCCACUCUCCUACACAAUGUCAUUGAACCACCUACCCUCCCACUAGCUGGCCCACCCACUCUCCUACACAAUGUCAUUGAUCCACCUACCCUCCCACUAGCUGGCCCACCCACUCUCCUACACAAUGUCAUUGAUCCACCUACCCUCCCACUAGCUGGCCCACCCACUCUCCUACACAAUGUCAUUGAUCCACCUACCCUCCCACUAGCUGGCCCACCCACUCUCCUACACAAUGUCAUUGAUCCACCUACCCUCCCACUAGCUGAUCCACCCAUUCUCCUAUACAAUGUCAUUGAUCCACCUACCCUCCCACUAGCUGGCCCACCCACUCUCCUACACAAUGUCAUUGAUCCACCUACCCUCCCACUAGCUGGCCCACCCACUCUCCUACACAAUGUCAUUGAUCCACCUACCCUCCCACUAGCUGGCCCUCCCACUCUCCUACACAAUGUCAUUGAUCCACCUACCCUCCCACUAGCUGGCCCACCCACUCUCCUACACAAUGUCAUUGAUCCACCUACCCUCCCACUAGCUGGCCCACCCACUCUCCUACACAAUGUCAUUGAUCCACCUAGCCUCCCACUAGCUGGCCCACCCACUCUCCUACACAAUGUCAUUGAUCCACCUACCCUCCCACUAGCUGACCCACCCACUCUCCUACACAAUGUCAUUGAUCCACCUACCCUCCCACUAGCUGAUCCACCCAUUCUCCUACACAAUGUCAUUGAUCCACCUACCCUCCCACUAGCUGACCCACCCAUUCUCCUACACAAUGUCAUUGAUCCACCUACCCUCCCACUAGCUGGCCCACCCACUCUCCUACACAAUGUCAUUGAUCCACCUACCCUCCCACUAGCUGGCCCACCCACUCUCCUACACAAUGUCAUUGAUCCACCUACCCUCCCACUAGCUGGCCCACCCACUCUCCUACACAAUGUCAUUGAUCCACCUACCCUCCCACUAGCUGGCCCUCCCACUCUCCUACACAAUGUCAUUGAUCCACCUACCCUCCCACUAGCUGGCCCACCCACUCUCCUACACAAUGUCAUUGAUCCACCUACCCUCCCACUAGCUGGCCCACCCACUCUCCUACACAAUGUCAUUGAUCCACUUACCCUCCCACUAGCUGACCCACCCACUCUCCUACACAAUGUCAUUGAUCCACCUACCCUCCCACUAGCUGAUCCACCCAUUCUCCUACACAAUGUCAUUGAUCCACCUACCCUCCCACUAGCUGAUCCACCCAUUCUCCUACACAAUGUCAUUGAUCCACCUACCCUCCCACUAGCUGAUCCACCCAUUCUCCUACACAAUGUCAUUGAUCCACCUACCCUCUCACUUGCCAACCCACCCACUUUCGUACACAGUGUAAUUGAUCCACCUACCAUCCCACUUGCCAACCCAUCCACUUUCGUACACAGUGUAAUUGAUCCACAUACCCUUCCACUAGCUGAUCCACCCACUCUCCUACACAAUGUCAUUGAUCCAUCAACCCUCCCACUGGAUGAACCACCCACUCUCCUACACAAUGUCAUUGAUCCACCUACCCUCCCACUAGCUGACCCACCCACUCUUCUACACAAUGUCAUUGAUCCAUAUACCCUCCCACUAACUGACUGA